AAUACUUUUAGUGGUUUUUCAAAUCUGAAAGACACAAAGGAGUAUAGAAAAGAUGGCUGCUAGAACUCCAGGAACCCCAGGCAAUAAGAUAGACAAGACACCAGUAACAACACCUGGAGGCCCAAAACCAAAGGAAGAGAAGAUCGUCGUUACGGUAAGGUUAAGGCCUCUAAGUAAAAGAGAGCAAUUGGCCAAAGAUCAAGUAGCAUGGGAAUGCGUUGAUGAUCACACCAUUGUUUCUAAGCAUCCUUCUCAAGAACGCUCAGCUCAGCCAUCUUCUUUCACAUUUGAUAAAGUGUUUGGACCGUCAUGCAUAAAUGAAAUGGUUUAUGAAGGAGUGAAGAAUGUUGCUUUGUCUGCUUUGGGAGGAAUAAAUGCUACUAUAUUUGCAUAUGGCCAAACCAGCAGUGGGAAGACAUACACGAUGAGAGGAAUAACAGAGAAGGCUGUCAAUGACAUCUACCAGCAUAUAAUGAAUACACCAGAGAGAGAUUUUACCAUUAAAAUUUCGGGACUAGAAAUUUAUAAUGAGAAUGUUAGGGACCUGUUGAAUUCUGAAUUUGGCCGUAGUCUCAAGCUUCUAGAUGAUCCGGAGAAAGGUACUGUGGUUGAGAAGUUGGUGGAAGAAACAGUCAGCAAUGAUCACCAUCUAAGGCAUCUAAUUAGCAUUUGUGAAGCUCAAAGACAUGUUGGAGAAACUGCCCUAAAUGAUUCUAGCUCACGGUCACACCAAAUAAUAAGGCUGACAAUCGAGAGUACUUUGCGUGAAAAUUCUGAUUGUGUGAGAUCAUUUGUUGCAAGCCUGAACUUUGUAGAUCUAGCUGGAAGUGAAAGAGCUUCACAAACAAAUACUGAUGGUGCAAGGCUCAGGGAAGGCUGUCAUAUUAACCUUAGUUUAAUGACCCUGACAACUGUAAUAAGAAAACUCAGUGUUGGUAAAAGAAGUGGUCAUAUACCAUACAGGGAUUCGAAGCUUACUCGAAUACUGCAGCACUCUCUAGGUGGAAAUGCACGCACUGCCAUCAUAUGUACUUUGAGUCCAGCACUAAGUCACUUUGAACAAUCUCGUAAUACUCUCUUCUUCGCUACCCGGGCAAAGGAAGUCACAAAUAAUGCACAAGUCAAUAUGGUUGUUUCGAAUAAGCAACUUGUCAAACAUCUACAGAAAGAAGUAGCCAGGCUGGAAGCUGAGCUUCGCACCCCUGAUCCUUCUAGGGAGAGAGACUUAAAAAUACAACAAAUGGAAAUGGAGAUUGAAGAACUGAAGCGCCAAAGAGAUCUGGCACAGUCCCAGGUGGAUGAGUUACGCAGAAAACUUCAGGAAGAUCAGCAGACCAAGUUCAGCUUACUUUUAUGUGUCUAUUUUCAUAUGCCUAACUCAUUUGAAUCACCAAAGCCAUCUGUGAAGAAGUGUCUUUCAUAUUCUGAUGUGCUGUCUCCAAAACUCGAUGGGAAGGAUUUAGGUUGUCAUGAUAAGACAAGAAAAACUAUGCUGUUAAGGCAGUCUAUGAGGCAAUCAUCAACUUCUCCAUUCACACUUAUGCAUGAAAUUCGUAAACUUGAACACCUCCAAGAGCAGCUAGGAGAAGAAGCAAAUCGCGCUUUAGAUGUACUUCAGAAAGAGGUGGCUUGUCAUAGACUAGGUAAUCAAGAUGCAGCUGAGACAAUUGCCAAGCUUCAAGCAGAAAUAAGGGAGAUGCAAUCUGUCCGGUCAAUCCCUAAGGAGGUUGAAGUUGGAACAGCUAUAGCUCCAAAUAAAAGUGUUAGUGCUAACCUCAAGGAAGAGAUUACGAGACUUCAUUCACAAGGCAGCACAAUAGCUAACCUCGAGGAGCAAUUAGAGAAUGUUCAGAAGUCAAUAGACAAAUUGGUGAUGUCUCUUCCAAGUAAUCAAGAAUCCAACUGUGAAACAACCCCCAAAAAUAAGAAUCAGUCUAAAAAGAAGAAGUUGCUUCCUUUAAUGUCUAGUCACAUUACAAACCGGCAAAAUUUUCUAAAGUCUCCAUGCUCGCCCCUAUCAACCGCUCGGCAAGUUGUGGAGCCUGAGAAUGAAGAAAACAGACCUCCAGAGGAUGAUGACAUUGUCUUCAAGGAGACUAUCACCGAGUCUGAGAAUGGAACACCUGUGACGAGUGAAGAGGGUGGAGAUGUCUCGUCAAAGGAAAGCACUCCAGUAUACAGACGUUCAAGUUCAGUUAACAUGAAGAAAAUGCAGAAGAUGUUCCAAAAUGCAGCUGAGGAGAAUGUACGAAGCAUAAGAGCAUAUGUAACAGAACUGAAAGAGCGUGUUGCUAAACUGCAAUACCAGAAACAGCUACUUGUUUGUCAGGUGCUUGAGCUGGAAGCAAAUGAAUUAGCCGGAUACAAUGUGGAUGAUGAUGAGAAUGCAAUUGAAGCAGAGGAACCCCAAGUUGCAUGGCAUGUAACAUUCAAGGAGCAAAGGCAGCAGAUCAUUGAGUUAUGGGAUGUCUGCUAUGUCUCCAUCAUCCAUAGGACACAGUUUUAUUUGUUAUUCAAGGGGGAUCCCGCCGACCAAAUAUACAUGGAAGUGGAGCUUAGGCGCUUAAAUUGGAUGCAGCAGCAUUUCGCAGAACUAGGAAAUGCAAGCCCAGCAAUGGCAGGAGAUGAGCCCACAAUGUCAUUAUCAUCAAGCAUCAGAGCCCUGAAGCGUGAAAGGGAAUUCCUUGCAAAGAGGUUGACGACACGUUUGAGUUUCGACGAGAGAGACGCACUGUACAUUAAAAGGAACGUACCGCUGGAUGGAAAGCAGAGGAGACUGCAAUUCAUAAACAAACUUUGGACAGAUCCUCAUGAUCCCAAACACAUAGAGGAGAGUGCUCGGAUAGUGGCAAAGCUUGUAGGGAUUUGUGAAGGAGGUAACCUGUCAAAGGAGAUGUUUGAGCUCAAUUUUGCGCUACCUGCAGAUAAGAAGCCUUGGAUGGCAGGGUGGAAUCAAAUUUCAAACCUUCUUAAUUUAUAAGACAACUCUUUUGUUUGUAAGUACCUCUCCAUUCUGUACAUAUAAAUGAUCUUUUGGAGUCCUUUCUCCAAUGUUCUACUCUACU